AUGUCAGUCACAAGCCCCAGCCCUGAAUCAAGCAGAAGAAGCUCGAUUGGAUCUGGUGGCUCGACGAAGACGACGAUUCGAUACGACGUGACGCCGUUUAAAGAUCUCAAGCCACUUGUUCUCAAGCUUGCCACGAAGAGGGUCUGGCCAGGCAGUAAAGCAGAUGACAUCACAGUGCGGAAGAUAGCAGCGGGAGGGUUUAACCGAAUCAUUGGGCUAAAAAGAAAGAAAGAAGAGGUCAUUUUGCGACUUCCCCAUUGCAAAGAAGCUAAUGUCAAUGCCGAAGUGAGCACUUUGGACUUCGUGCGCAGGCACACCACGAUCCCGCUGCCUGAAGUCGUGUCUGUCGACGAUAAGACCAACAACGAUUUGAAAUCCAAGUACUGCGUCCAGCGACUUCUUCCAUCAGGAACGGUUGUCAGCUUAUACCCGGGAUUGACUCACUCACAAAAGUGUCAAGUUGCCCGCGAGUUAGGCAACGCAAUGAACCAAAUGCUCGCCGUGAAGAGCAACAUCGCUGGUAGAAUAUCUGGUCAACCACUGGACAACCAACCACUAGACAACCAACCACUGGACAACCAACCACUGGACAACCAACCACUAGACAACCAACCACUGGACAACCAACCACUGGACAACCAACCACUAGACAACCAACCACUGGACAACCAACCACUAGACAACCAACCACUAGACAACCCAUCCACCUCCACCAAUAAAUUUCUCUCAAAAAUCCGCUCCUGGAUUAAGCGAGGCAUUUCCCUGAAGUGGAUACUAGGGGAGGACAUUAUCCCCCUCCGGCAAUCUCACGUCCCACGAUCUUUAUUUCACAUCGAACCUCUUCUUCCCAGAUUCGAUGGGCUGACUACGGAAGAGGCUGAUCGUCGAAUCGAGGGCGCCGGGUGGGGAGCAGCUUAUAGUGAUCCUGUUGCCGUGAGACCCUACCAGGCACAGGCACCACAAGAGUCUACGCUCGAUCUGCUUACUACGCUGUGCAAGAUCAAUAAAGCCAACAAUCUUCUGUUUUGCAAAUCGAUAGUAGGGAAACCGCAUCUGAUGGAUAGACUCAUGCUCAUGGCAGAGCAGCUGGCAGCUCAAGGGCGGCUGAAUGACCGCAGCUAUUCACUGUGCCAUCUUGAUUUUCAUCCACGCAACAUAUUGAUUAAUCCCGGUGCCCGACAGAUCAUCUCUGGGAUCAUCGACUGGGAUAGCGCGCUAUUCCUUCCUACAUUCAUGGCAUGUGAGCCUCCUAUGUGGCUUUGGGCCUGGAAUGAUGAGGAUGAUGAAGAUGAACGAUACGCUAACGACACACCGUCAACAUCUGAGGAUCAAGAGAUCAAGGCAAUAUUUGAGGAGGCCGCAGGGGAAACCUACUUGAAGUUCGCCUAUGAUCCAUCUUACCGCCUAGGAAGGCAACUUGUCAAGUAUAUUAUUGAAGACGUAAGAGAGGAUCACCUCCUCAAAAUCGUCGGUCAAAUGUUGGAUGAGUGGGACGCUUUGUGUUCACAACGUCAAAUGGAGUGA